AUUGCAGAGAGGAGAUGGCCCGUACCAAGCAGACCGCUCGCAAGUCCACCGGCGGGAAGGCGCCUCGCAAGCAGCUGGCUACUAAAGCCGCUCGCAAGAGCGCGCCGGCCACCGGGGGCGUGAAGAAGCCCCACCGCUACCGCCCUGGGACGGUGGCCCUCCGGGAGAUCCGCCGCUACCAGAAGUCGACGGAGCUGCUGAUCCGCAAGCUGCCCUUCCAGCGCCUGGUGCGCGAGAUCGCGCAGGACUUCAAGACCGACCUGCGCUUCCAGAGCUCGGCCGUGAUGGCGCUGCAGGAGGCCAGCGAGGCCUACCUGGUGGGGCUCUUCGAGGACACCAACCUGUGCGCCAUCCACGCCAAGCGCGUCACCAUCAUGCCCAAGGACAUCCAGCUGGCCCGCCGCAUCCGCGGGGAGAGGGCUUAAGCGACUACCCGAAAAACUGCUAAGGGGCUCCUUGCAAGUUUAGAAACCCAAAGGCUCUUUUAAGAGCCACCACAUACUCGUAAAGUGGCUGAGACAUGAUAGGUCUUUAAAGAUACGUAUGUUACAUGUUUCAUUAUAUAAUCUCCCUGGCGCAGAGUGGCAAGCGGCAGUACUGCAGCUCAACCUGAGUUCGAUCCUGCCGGCAUCCAGGUUCAGGUAGCCGGCUCAAGGUUGACACAGCCUUCCAUCCUUCCGAGGUCGGUAAAACGAGUACCCAGAUUCCUGGGGAUAAAAAUGCCAAGAAAACGUCGGGAUGCGACGUCCCCCCCCCCAUGGGUCAGUAAUGACUCGGUGCCGGCACAGGGGGUCUAAGAGCUCUUCCUCACUUCGCACCUCAACCAAUACUUUUUUUAAUUGUGAAUCUUACCAGGAUAAUUUUUAGCAGCCUUUCGGGUAGUGGGCAGGAUCAAAGCGGCUUAUUUUUACAACUAAUGAGAAGCUAGACUGAAGGGAGCUCUGCCUCUAAACCUUUACCAUUGACAUCUUGUAUAGAGUAAGGGCCCAAUAGCAUCUUGACAUUUCCAGGGUGUGAGAUUUCGAGAAAACUCGACCCCGAGUCUUCCAGUCUUAACUUGCUACCACUAUAGUUCUAUCAAGACUACCAGUGUGAACUCGAAACCUUACACAGAACUGCUGUGUUCAGGGUGGAGUU